AUGGAAACCAUCAACAUGGAAACCAUCACAGAUAUUCGAUGCCCAUUCCCACGCAUCCAGAAUGGGAGGAGGCUGCCCCCUAUUCACUACAUCUACAGGACUGGGGAUACUGUAAGCUUUGAGUGCAAUCCAGGCUAUGCCAUUCAGGGCUCCCAUACAACCAUGUGUCAAGCUGAUUUCAAGUGGAGGCCACCUCUGCCAGUUUGCAAAAAGGGCAAGUGUCCCAGCAUGAGGGUGUGA